GGGAUUGAGUCGUAUCGUUCCCCGCUCACCUUCGUUCGUUCACCUCACGCUCGCUUUUCGAGUACCUUUCACUGUCUCUUCGUGCGGGACGAUACUAUGAAGCUUGUUACUUUCUUUGCCUUCUUGUUUGCCCUGCUUAUCGCCGUGUCGGCCGUCCCGACGGCGGAGACCAAUGCAGACCGCAUGCGCCGUGGGCUCACGCCGAUGAGGCCUCGCAACCUUGGCAGAGCAACCCCUGUCGACUCGGCAAGCAAGCACAAGCCUUCGGGCGGCGGCGGGAAUGGCCAAAGCUGCAGCUCCGGACCCGUCCAGUGCUGCCAAAGCGUACAAAAGUCGAACUCCGGCAGCCUCCUGGGCAUCAUCUUGAAGCUCUUGGGAAUCGUCCUCGGUGAGGUCACCGACAUUGGCCUUCACUGCACGCCGAUAGAUGUGCUCGGUGGUGGCGGCAACCAGUGCUCCGCGCAAACCGUCUGCUGCAAGGACAACUCGUACAGCGGUCACGGCAUCAACAUCGGCUGCUCCCCGAUUAACAUCGGCCUCUGAGCGCCGCUCGCCCGCUUCCCCAAGCGCCGCACCAAUUAUCCCUCUGCUUCCUCUCUUCCCUUCUUCCCUUCUCCCUAUCCUUCUUCGGACGCCUACUCGAUUGCUACUUAUCAGCUACGACACGGUCGCGCGACGCGACCUCGACUCACUCACGGGGCAAAGUUCAUUUAUAUAGUCGUGACGCAGUCUUUACCUACUCGCGAUCAUUCUGUAUCGAACAAUUCAUCGUUGCUGACUACUGUAUACCUGGCGAUUCGAGCCCUUCAUUCCUACGCCGCUGUCAUAUAACCCUUCUUCGUAAUUUACUUGUGAAUAGACCUUUCGUCUCGCCUCAUUGUGUAUCAAGGCCCGCAGUUGAGAUUGAAGUCAAGAGUUGGCCUGGAGUUGGCCAGCGUGCAAAGGCUAGCGAUGGAC